AUGAUUCCUCGCUUAUUCUCUUCCUCAAGAGUGUUAGCAACAAGAAUAUUUUCUUUUUCCCUGAACGAAACCCGCCUGAAAAACCCUUUAAGAGUGUUUCAGAGAAAAAUGUCUUCUAAUGAGCAACAGUUUCCUCCUCAUAGGCAGGAGAGGCAGCCUGGAAAAGAGCACGUCAUGGACCCCAGUCCUCAGUUUACCAGCGAUGACUACACCCCAUCAAACAAACUUCGCGGGAAGGUGGCGUUGGUGACUGGAGGCGACUCUGGGAUCGGGCGAGCCGUGUGCCACUGCUUUGCUAUGGAGGGUGCGACCGUGGCCUUCACGUAUGUGAAGUCUCAAGAGGACAAAGAUGCACAGGACACUCUUGAGAUUACAAGGAAGUCUAAGAGCCGGAACGCGAAGGAUCCCAUGGCAACACCGGCAGAUUUGGGAUAUGAUGAAAACUGCAAAAGGGUUGUUGACGAAGUGGUGAACGCUUAUGGCAAGAUCGACAUUCUCGUUAACAAUGCCGCUGAGCAGUACAAAUCAAGCUCCAUUGAGGAGAUUGAUGAGCAAAGGCUCGAGAGGGUCUUUAGGACUAAUAUUUUCUCCCACUUCUUCAUGACUAGGCACGCUUUGAAGCAUAUGAAGGAAGGAAGUGCCAUAAUCAACACCACAUCGGUGGUUUCAUACAAGGGAAAUCCCCAGCUGCUGGACUACACAGCAACAAAGGGAGCGAUCACGGCAUUCACAAGAGGGCUUGCUCUGCAACUUGUCAACAGAGGAAUACGUGUGAAUGGUGUGGCGCCUGGACCCAUCUGGACUCCAUUAAUUCCUGCAUCAUUCAGCGAAGAUGAGAGUGCAAAGUUCGGAUCCGAAGUACCGAUGAAGAGAGCUGGUCAGCCUGUUGAAGUUGCGCCUUGCUAUGUGUUUCUCGCUUGUAACCAUUGCUCCUCUUAUGUAACUGGCCAGGUCCUCCACCCUAAUGGUGGGGUGAUUGUGAAUUCUUGA